CCAAUAGAAACAGGAAGUGGGUGUUGAGUUCUGAUUUGUCCGUUGGAACUGGUCAGUUUGUUUAGAUAAUUAAGACUUAUUUUAACUGAACAAAUCGAGCAGAAGUUUCCAGAACCUGCAGCUGAGCACUGUGUCGCGGCUGAACGAUGGCACUGCCGACCCUUUCCUCACGCUGGACGAGCCGGACUGUGGAGCGUCAGCUGGUGCGUAAGAGAGAACAGGAAGCGCGGCAUCUCCAGCAGUGGCAGAUGCACUCAAAGUAUUUUAAGGAUCAGCAGGUUCGCAGCAGUAAACAGGCGCACUGGAGCUCGCGCGAGUCUUAUCAGCGGAGCAUGUCGGCGUUCUGGCGCGAGCGUCUGCAGGAGGAGAAGAAGAGGAGCGUGGAGGAGCGCAGGGAGCGUCUGAGGAACAUGCUGCAGGAAGAGAACGCGCAGCUAGAGGCCGAGCUACGAGCCUCCUCCCGAUACCAGAGCACCACCCUCAGGCAGCAGCAGGCGAGGGCAGAGGAUCUGCGGUCAGCCCGCGAAGAGCGCAGGAAGAAGCUUGCACAGGAGCUUCUAAAAGAACACUGGAAGCAGAACAAUCCAGAACUGCGCAAGGUGGAGUCGGAGCUGCAUAAAGAUCAUGUGGUGAGCCAGUGGCAGGUGCAGGAGCAGCAGAAAAAACAGGUGGAGGAGGAGGCCGCGCAGGAGAGACGGCGUUUUGAGAACGAGUACGAGAGGAGCAGGCGGGAAGCGCUGGAGAGGAUGAAGGAGGAGGAGGAGAGGAGAAAAGAGGAGGAGAGAGAGAGAGCCGAGUUCCUGCGCCAACAGAUGGAGGAGCUCAAACUCCGAGACGAGGAGAGUCGGCGUCUGCAGCAGGAGGAGGACGCUCUGCAGGCCCGGCGUUUGGAGGUGGAGCAGCUGGAGGAGGACCGGAGGAGAGCCGAGGAGAGCCGGAAGAAAUCUGAGUUCGGACGUUUCCUGACCCAUCAGUACCGAGCGCAGCUGAAGAGACGAGCACAGCAGGUCCAGGAGGAACUGGAGGCGGACCAGAGGAUCCUGGCGGCGCUGAUGGAGGGCGAGGAUGAGGAACGGCGGGUGGAGAGCGCGAGGAGGGAGAGGGCGGUGGCCGAUGUGGCGUGGAUGAAGGAGGUUCUGGAAGAGCAGCUGCAGCUGGAGAGACAGCGAGAGGCCGAGUUCGACCUGCUCUACAGAGAGGAGGCACAGAGGGUGUGGGAUCAGCGUGAGGCUCAGUGGGAGAGGGAGAAGAGAGCCAGAGAGAGACUCAUGCAUGAGGUGUUGAGUGUGCGUCAGGAGCAGCUGCAGGAGCGGAUGGAGGAGAAGCGCAGGGCUCGGGAGGAGUGUGAGAGGAGGAGGGCGGAGCUUCUACAGCACCUGGAGGAGGAGGAGGAGGAGAAACGACAGAAGAGGGAGGAGCAGGAGCAGCAACGUACCACGCGCAUGCACGACAUCAACUCUCAGGUGGAGCGGAGGCGCAGGGAGCGGUGGGAGGAGCAGCGAAGACUCGAGCAGGAGGAGGCGGAGCUGAGGGAGGGGCUUAGGCUACAGGAGGAGGAGCUGCGGCUGGAGACCGAGAGGAUGACUCGAAGUGGCUACGAGGAGAGGGUUCGCAGCAGACCUCGCUCAGCCUGGACAUGAGGACAUGAGGACACGCCCACUCCGCACACAUGAUGCUCGCCGUUGUUGUUUGUGAUUUUCCGGUAGAGUGUGUGAACAGUGAAUCAGGUGUGUGUGUGAGGACAGAACACUCCACACUGAAGUGUGUGUGUUAGGCAUGUGCCGUUAACGUUUCAGCGUCCUCCAUCAGUAAAUUAUUUUUAAUUAAAAAGAAUUUCUCACUCAGUGACGGCUUCGUCUGUCCUGGUUUUAAAUUUGAUCAGCAUUAUGACAUGGUGUAUUUUUUUUAUAACCAAUGCAGCACUUUUUCUUCAAAUGUUUAAUUAUAUCCAGACAAGCGUCCGUCGGUGACCUCUGCAGCAGACGCUAGACACACGUGUACGUUAUGUAAACGAUCGUGACGUCACACUAUCAGGUUUGCUUUCAGCUGACGGAACUGAACUUAUUUAUGAACAACAUUGAACAUGCUGAAUAUCGUAAUAUUGUGCGUGCCCGGUUAUCAGCACAUGCCUAAUUAACCCAAACCGCACCACUGUGUGUUGUGUUAAACCUAGUGCUCGAUUAGCUCGUGACCGGUUAGCUUUAUACCCUCACUUAAUGUUUUACAGAAGCAGACAGAUGAAUUCACCAUGUUUUGGAUCACUGAAAUGUUUUGUGUUUGUAUAAGUUUGUAUGUCGCAAAUGUUUAAUUAAAUAUGUUUUUGGCAAAAAA